AUGGCCGAAGCACUGGGAACAGCAUUAGGUCUUGUAGGUGCUGUCGGGGUCCUGGCUCAGACCUUCGACGGAUGCAUAAAGGCCUACGCCUUCUUCACCACGGCAGCGAACCUCGGGCGAGAUAGCGAGCGACUCGUCUGCAAGAUCCGCAUCGAAGAAAUGCGGUUGCUGGUCUGGGGACGAGAAUGGGGCGUUGUCGAGGGAAAGCUGGAAGCUCAUUUGCAGGCUGAGAGCAAUUCGGGGAAUCAGAGGUUGAGGCAGCUUGCUGUCUCUAUUUUGACGCAAUUGCAUCGGACGAUUACGGAUUUUAAUAAGUUGCAGGAUAGGUAUGGGUUAAGAGAGGAGCUUAUGAGUCCUGUUGAUGAGAAGCUGCCCGCACCGAAGAAGACGGAUAGUUCAAGUGUAGCGGGGAGAUUGAGGAAUGAGCUGCAGUUGCGUGCGAAAUGGGUUAUCGCCGACAAGGAGAAGUUUACAGUGCUUUUAAGAGACUUGAAGGAUUAUAACGAUGGGCUUGAACAGUUGUUUCCGCCUUCGAGGCUGGCCAGCGUUCAGAGAGCAUGGACGAAUGAGCUUCUGCAAAGUGCACAAAGGGAUCUGGCUAAAUUGAGCUUGCUGGAAACUGCUUCAAGUGGGGUAUAUCCUCAAUUGAACGCUUCCGCUAGCCUGAAGCAGUUGAAAAUCAAUCUCGACACCAAAACCACCGCGCAUUUCAAGCCAACGUAUGCUCUGAAAAUACAACGAACGGAUCUUUCGUUCUCAGGUCAAGACGUCAGACGAAAUCACGGUGCUUAUAAAAAUCCAUCAACAUCCAGUAUCGAAAAUGUUCUUGUUGAGUGGGUAGAAUAUGAUAAAGAGGAUCUCGAUGCGAGGUUAAACACAGUUAGAAGAGUGGAUGACCUCGCAAGAUGCAUUCAUAGUGCUUCUAAUCGACAUCCAGAUCUCCACACGCUAGACUGCUUGGGCUAUACAGAUGACACCACAGUGAACCAAUACGGAUUAUUAUAUAAAGCCCCCCAGCCAUCGUCUUCGAACCUCAACACACUCAUAAAUAGCAACGAGUUCAGGACCCCAGAUCUUGGCGACCGAUUCAAGCUGGCCCACACUUUGGCCGUUGCUCUAUGGUCCCUACAUUCCCUUGAUUGGCUUCAUAAAUCUUUCUCCAGUUCGAAUGUCUUGUUCUUCCCUUCGGCGUUCUCGAGUUCAGCCACGAAAACCACCGCGGCAGCUGCGAGCAUACCAGAUAUAUCAUCCCCAUAUCUUCUAGGCUUCGAUGUCUCGCGGCCCGACGGUAUCGGUGAAAUGUCUGUAGGGAGCAAGAAUCCAGCUGCCUCCGAUCUCCACCGCCAUCCUAGUUCCUUGAACGGAAUGUCAAGGAAGCCAUAUUGCAAGAGCUUCGAUAUUUAUAGCUUAGGCAUUGUUCUGUUAGAGAUUGGUUUGUGGAAAGUUCUUCAACUUUAUCACAAGCCACACUACUCUGCAGAAAGGUUCCGAGAUAAGGUUGUAGUCCAGAAUCUUAUACCAAAUUUGAAUAGCAAGACUGGCAGGAUGUAUAGGGAGGUAGUCGAGCGAUGCAUCUUUGCCAGAGAAGAUCUCCCAGGCCAAGAAGCCGGACAGCUGAUGGAAUAUGUUGUGGAAUCGUUGGAGACCCUUCGUGUAUAA